AGGUUCCUUAAAACGACAGCGUUCCGUAGUUCAAUACCAUAAACACACCUUGUGUCAACUUGCACAUGUUAACGCACCCGCAACAAACCGCUAUUCAUCAUUUCCAUCUUCCCAUACACACACGGCCUCACUUCAUCACUCCGGCCACAGGCCAUCCUUUCUCUCCUCGUCGCCGGUUUCACCAUUUCUGUCCAUCUUCAUCACACCUUUCGGAACCCUAGUGACUGUAAAACAGAAGCGAACAAUUAGUUAGAGAAGAAGAAAAUCACAUAAUGCCUCGUGAAAUCAUCAAUCUGCAAGUAGGGCAAUGUGGAAAUCAGAUCGGGAUGGAGUUCUGGAAACAACUAUGUCUUGAACACGGAAUAUCUAAAGACGGCAUUCUCGAAGAAUACGCCACUCAGGGAGGAGCAGGGGACAGGAAAGAUGUAUUUUUCUAUCAAGCUGAUGAUCAACAUUACAUACCACGAGCUUUGCUUGUGGAUCUAGAACCAAGAGUGAUUAAUGGAAUCCAAAGUGGUGAAUAUAGGGAUCUUUAUAAUCAUGAGAACAUAUUUAUUUCACAAGAAGGAGCAGGAGCAGGAAACAAUUGGGCUAGUGGAUAUGAACAGGGUAAGCAUUUUGAGGAGGAUCUGAUGGACAUGAUAGAUAGAGAAGCAGAUGGAAGUGAUAGUCUCGAGGGAUUUGUUUUAUGUCAUUCUAUUGCUGGAGGAACAGGCUCAGGAAUGGGAUCAUAUAUUCUUGAGACAUUGAAUGAUCACUACAGCAAGAAACUUAUUCAGACAUACAGUGUUUUUCCUAACCAGAAUGAGACAAGUGAUGUAGUGGUUCAGCCUUACAAUUCACUCUUGACACUUAAACGUCUCACUCUGAAUGCUGACUGUGUAGUGGUUAUUGACAAUACUGCCCUCAAUAGAAUUGCAGUGGAAAGGCUUCAUAUUCAGAAUCCAACUGUCUCUGAGACUAAUUCUUUAGUUUCUACUGUUAUGGCUGCAAGUACAACCACCCUAAGGUACCCCGGGUAUAUGAACAAUGACUUGGUUGGACUUCUUGCUUCUUUGAUUCCAACGCCUAGGUGUCAUUUUCUUAUGGCGGGGUAUACCCCACUAACUGUCGAACGCCAGGCUAAUACGAUUCGAAAAACCACAGUUCUUGAUGUGAUGAGAAGACUUCUUCAGACUAAAAAUCUAAUGGUAACCUGUAACGCUAGAACGAAGCAAGCCAGUCAAGCAAAAUACAUAUCAAUUUUAAACAUUAUCCAGGGAGAAGUUGAUCCAACUAAGGUUCACGAAAGCUUGCAGAGAAUACGUGAAAGAAAGCUUGUUAACUUCAUAGAAUGGGGUCCUGCUAGCAUUCAAGUUGCUCUCUCAAGGAAGUCUCCCUAUGUUCGAACUGCCCACAGGGUUAGUGGGCUCAUGUUAGCAAGUUACACUGGAAUUCGACAUUUAUUCUCCAAGUGUUUGAGCCAAUAUUCUCUUUUGAGAAAAAGACAAGCCUUUCUCGACAAGUACAAGAGUUUUCCUAUGUUUGCUGAUAAUGAUCUUUCGGAAUUUGAUGAGUCGAAAGACAUACUUGAUAGUUUGGUUGAUGAAUAUAAGGCGUGUGAGUCCCCUGAUUACAUCAAAUGGGGAAUGGAGGACCCACAUAAUCUUCUGACUGAUGAAGGAACUGAUAUUGGAACAAUCGAUCCUACUUACCAAUAUCAAUAAUACAGACUAUCUCAAAGCAUUUGGGGUACAAUGAGAUAACACAAAGGAAGCAACGACAUGUGGGCAUUAUGGAGAGUCUCUCUAAACUAGGACUUGGAUAUUUUUGUUGAAGUUGUUUAAAUAUUUUUGAAGAUAUUUGUUUUUAGUUUUAGUCGCUUUUUUCCGAGUUGAAAUUUCCAAAGAACUAGUGUUGGUUUUAGGGGC